AUGACACUACUCGGACUUUUAUUACCGCCAGAUAGUAAUGAUAAAAUAACCUUACGUGAGUUAGAAUUUGAUAAUAAAAAAUUUGUUCUUAUAUAUUCUAAAUCUACAGAGAUUACAACUCUUCUAACUGUUGUUAUGUUCAGUUUAUUGAUAUCAGAAAUUAUGCCACCAAGUUCAAAUGCUAUAGCGAUUAUUACCGUUUAUUUCAUGUGUGUUAUGAUCAUGUCAGUGGUUUCAGUUGCUGCAUCAGUAUUAGUAUUAUCACUUCAUUUUCGAAACUCUAAAAAUUAUACAAUGCCAUUAUGGGUUCAUAAGUAUCUUUGUAACUACUUGGCAUGGCUAUUAUGUAUGAAGCGCCCUAAUCAUGAUUUGAGUUGGCAUACAAUUCGUCGGCGAUGGACUUUUCCAAAACAAGAAUCGAAUAAUAUAAAUGAAUCAAUUGAUAAUAAUGAUUCUAAGAUUCCUUCUGAACUAUUGCUGAGUAACACAUUCGAGUUGUUAUCGACCAAUGUUACAAAUGUUGACAAGAAGCCUUUAGAAUUCUUAGAAAAUCAAGAAAAACAACGCUCAGAUUCGCUAUUAGAAUUUCCUGCACCUCCAGCAACGAAAACUCACCGUUUUCGUCAUCAUCAGAAUACAUCGAAAGAAUUGAAGAUAUGUGAUAUGGAAAUGAUUCGUUCUGAGCUACGUAUUAUUAUUUCUCAACUUACUAUUCUUACUAAUUAUUCUCGACAGCGAGAGAAAGAUGAUGAUGAAUCUCAAGAAUGGAAAUUUUUAGCAAGAGUCAUUGAUCGUCUUUGUCUAAUUCUUUUUGCUAUAUCCAUGAUUCUUUUUAAUACACUUGCUUUUCUCAAUGUGUAA